GUCCUGUCCUGUCUGUUUCUCUCCUCUAGCCAGUCCUGUCCUGUCUGUGUCGCUGGCUGUUCUAACCUUUAACCCCAGGUUCUGUAUGUUCUGUCCUGUUUUCUCCUCCACACUAUAAUAACCUUUCAUCUCUCUACGGUGUAUCUCUAGGGGCUGCUUUCCCAGGCACACUUUAAGCCUAGUCCAGGAAUUAAAAGCAUGCAUUGAAAGUGAUUUUAAUACCAAGACUAGGCUGAAUCCAUGUCUGGGUAACCAGCACUAGAUGGUGUUACCUUAUAUACAUGUUGAGAAACCUUUUGGUUAUUGUCCUGUCUCCUCGGCCCCCUGUCAUCUGUGGCACUGACCUGGCGAUGUCACCUGUCCUCUGUGGCGUGGCUGUCUUGCACCAUGUUGACCUGGCGUGCCCUGUGUCUCCUAACCACCUUGCCCCCUGCAGAUGUUUGGUAAAAUAGCCCUGAGAGACAACAGUCAGAUCAACAGGAACAACAACUUCCAGACCUUCCCCCAGGCUACACUGCUGCUCUUCAGGUGUGCCACAGGCGAGGCGUGGCAGGAGAUCAUGCUGGCAUGCGCCCCCAUGCGACCCUGUGAGAAGGGGUCAGAGGUGGGGCCAGCCAGCGAGGACCAGUGUGGGAGUCACUUCGCUAUCUUCUACUUCGUCAGCUUCUACAUGCUCUGUGCCUUCCUGAUCAUCAACCUGUUUGUGGCUGUGAUCAUGGAUAACUUUGACUACCUGACCAGAGACGGUCUAUUCUAGGACCAGACCAACCUGGCAUGAGUUCAAGAGGA